CUUCCCAAUGAGGUGAUAACAUGCCUCCAAAAUGCACGCUUUCUCCAUCUCGCGACAUGUUCGAACAAUGUUCCCCACAUCUCUUUGAUGAACUAUACCUAUCUUCCCAGCACACCCUAUGCCGCUACGCCAAUAAUUAUUAUGACAACACCCUCGUCAUCACGCAAGACUCAAAACCUGGAAGCAAAUUCUCUCGUCUCUCUCCUCGUACAUGACUGGGUAUCUCAUCGACCACCGACCCUCAACCAACCAGGCCGUUCGCCUUCACCAAUCCGUUCGGGACCGCGCUCUGGCUCGCUCGCUGAGCUUCUUCUCGGCAUGAACACAGCUUCUCUCAGCAGGAUCAGUACCACUAUCAAUGGCAUUGCUGAGCUCGUUUCUUUCGGCUCAGAGGAGGAGCGUUGGUACAAGGAACAACACCUGGCAAACAACACGUUUGGCUCCACAGGAGAGGAUAGCUUCUCAAGCUCACCACUUGAGCAAGGUUUGUGGGCUGGCGGUGGCUUGGAUACUGAGGCAGAUGGUGGCGAAAGUACUAUGGGGGGCGAUAGAGGUUCGAAUUGUUACAUGGAAGGGGAUGGAGUCAGGGUUGUCGUAGUCAGGAUUCGAGAUGGACGCAUUGCGGAUUGGAGAGGCCAGGUGAGGGACUGGACGAUGACUGCUAGCCUUGCAGCGGCUGGUUCCACAAAUGGUUCCCAGGUCACCUAAAUCCAAACGAGAUUUCUUUGUCCUAUUGAGCGACAUACUACAAAGUCUGUUGCAUUCAGGAUUGUAGUUUUUGAACUCAAAUCCUGAAUACAUGCUACUAUUUGCGCUCGGUAGGGUGCCGUGGUGGGUUAUGAACUCGAGUCGACUUGGUCGUGAUUAACCUGUUAGGCGAUUCAAACGCUGCUCUUGAAAGACACCUUGCAAGAUAUUGAGCUGAACAUAACUAUACUACGAUUUAGGAAUGGUGAGGUUCAGCGAUUUAAAAUGAGCAUGACCUGACAAUCAUCUCAUCUAGCCUAUAUUUAUG